UUCCGUCCCCGCAAUUAGUAUAAAUACUCUAUUCCAUCUCCUCAACCUAGAGACAAUUUGAAGAAAAAGAUGAAAGGAAUUUUAGUGAGUUUGUUUAUGUUGCUAGUUGUGGUAGUGCAACUAGGAGAAUCGAUUAAUUGUGGUGAAGUUGGUGGAGCACUAGCCCCUUGUGUGCCUUAUUUGACACAAGGUGGAGAUCCAUCAGUUUCAUGUUGUGAUGGUGUGAAAAAAGUGGUAGAAACAACUCCAACACAACAAGAUAGGCAAGUUGCUUGUGAAUGUAUGAAAUCUGCUGCUGCUCGUUAUCCUAAUGUUAAACCAGAUGCUGCAUCUAAUCUCCCUUCACGCUGUGGUCUUACUACUCCUAUCCCAAUCUCUCCUACUAUUAACUGCAAAAGCGUUCCUUGAAAUCAUGGAAAGAAGAUUUUGCAAAUGCAAUAUUAACCUAACGAGUGCAAAAUAUGGUACUCCUAUGAAUUGUGUGUAUGUAUGUACUGCUAUUUAACAAUAUUAUAAAAGUAAAUAUGUCUACCUACCUCUUUUCUUA